AUGUCUUCCAUUUCGGCACCGCCAACUCCUCCGCCUGAGCGCCGGCUGCCAGAGGGGAUGGAUGCGUGGAUUCUAGGGGCCGGCAUCUCUUCUCUGACUGCAGCUGUGCAUCUCAUUCAGGAGGCGCAUGUGCCCCCUUCUCGUGUUCACAUUCUCGAAACUCUCAGUCAAGCUGGCGGCGGGAGUAUCAGUACGGGGGACCCCGUCAAUGGUUAUGAUUGCCGCGCUGGGGGAAUGCCUCCAUUCAACGACGUCUGCAUGGAAGAACUUCUUUCUCUGGUCCCCUCCAAGACCAAUCCAAACCUGACCGUCCUCGAAGAAUUUCACGAGUUCUGGGACACUGAAGCAGUGAAAGAUCACCCUCAUACUCGCUUCCUCACCCGCCAUAAACAUGGUCUUGAACGCAUUGACGCCAAGCGAGCCAGUCUGGGACUGCGCGACCGCGUGGACCUAUUCAUGCUGGCCUCAAAGUCGGACAAGUCGCUCGGCCGCUCGCGCAUCUGCGACCAUUUUAGCAAUAGCUUCUUCAAAAGCUAUUACUGGAUGCUCCUUUCCACGACCUUUGGCAUAAAACCUGUUCAUAGUGCAGCUGAGUUCCGGCGCUACCUUCAACACUACAUGCACGACAUCCACGAGAUCCACUGUCGCCGGAAGCUAGAUGGUGGCCGUUACAAUCGUCACGAGUCUAUCGUCUCACCAAUUGCUCACUUUUUGUGCUCCCGUGGCGUGGACUUCCGUUUUCACACCACAGUCACUGAUAUCAUCACCACCCCUUCAAGCAGCGAACCGCACCGAGUAUCGGCCAUCAAAGCCAUACAUGAAAAUGAGCCCGAGAUGACGAUAAAUCUGGGGGAGCGGGACAUCGUGCUGGUCUCACUAGGCUCGGUUAUGUCCGGCUCCACAACGGGAACCAACACGUCCCCACCGUCCUUGGAACUAAUGGAUAUCGAGAAAGACUUGGACGAGAAUUGGCUGCUGUGGCUAGAGCUCUCCACCAAAAACCCUAUCUUCGGGAACGCAUACAACUUCUGCACACGCAUGGCGGAGUCCCGCCUCGAAUCAUUUACCGUCACCUUUUCCUCCCCCGAGUUCUUCAACCGCUUUACCGCCCUCACAGGUGAUAAAGUAGGAAGUGGGACUUUCGUCACCCUCAAAGACACUCCCUGGCUCCUGAGCAUCAAUCUUCCCCAGCAACCUCUCUUCCCGGAUCAGCCUGCGCACGUGCAGGUACUCUGGGGCUACGCCAUGUACCCCGAGCGGGAGGGCGACUAUAUCAAGAAACCCAUGCUCGAAUGUUCCGGACAGGAAAUCAUGGAGGAGAUAUUAAAACAGUUGAAUUUCCCCGUGCAGGGGAUCCUAGACCACUCAAUCACCCUCCCAUGUGUGGUUCCGCGAGCGGCGGCGACACUGUUGGUCCGCUUGCGCAGCGACCGACCUCCAGUGAUUCCCCCGGGAAUCGACAAUCUCGGGCUCAUAGGCCAGUUCGUGGACAUCCCGGGAGAGGUGGCCGUGACGAUGGAUUACGGGGUCCGGUCAGCGCAGACGGCGGUCCGUCAGCUAAUGGGGCUGGAAAGGCACAAGGUAUUGUCUAAGCGAAGUUCCGCAAUCAAUUUAAAAGCUUUGUAG